CAGAAGGAAGUGGUGUUAUUGCAACAUCACUGCCACGUCUGUAGAGCUCUGCAGCAGCGGGAGCGGCAGCAGCGGGUCGGAGCUCCGGGAUGGGCCGGUGCUGGGCGGUGGAGGGGGACGAGGGGGAGAGGUGGGAGUGACCGAGGAAGGAAAGAGGAAACACGUAGAGACACAACAACUCAGCAGCGCCCAGAGGAGCCGCAGCUCCAGCUUCAAGCGGCCGUCUGGAGGUUCCUGCUGCUGGAGCUCUAUUGUUCCCACGGAGAGGCUGAUAUCACCCAGCAGGAGGAGGGGGACACCCAUGUUCAGCUCAGGGAGAAUGGAGGAAUUCGUGACCGAAGAGGAAGAGCCGUGGUACGACCAGCAGGACCUGGAGCAGGACCUCCACUUGGCAGCAGAACUUGGGAAGACUCUUCUAGAGAGGAACAAGGAGCUGGAGGAUUCUCUGCAGCAGAUGUACAUCACUAAUGAAGAGCAAGUGCAAGAGAUUGAGUACCUGUCAAAGCAACUGGAGGUUCUUCGGGACAUGAAUGAGCAGCAUGCCAAAGUGUACGAGCAGCUGGACGGGACCGCCCGAGAGCUGGAACGCACCAACCACACACUGGUGACGGACAGCAAGACCUCACAGCAAAAGAUAGAGAGCUUAACAGGGACUAUCGAGACUUUGCAGAACCAGGUGGAGUCUCUGUCAGGGCAGGUGGAGCAGCUUCGCUCCAUGGAGCAGCUCCGAGUCAGGAGGGAAAAGAGGGAGCGACGCAAGACCAUCCACUCAUUCCCCUGCCUGAGGGAGCUUUGCACAGCGCCCAGGUAUGAGGAUGAAUUUGUAGUUGGCAGGGCUGAGAGCUUUACUGUGGAAGCCAAGCGUCAACCAUUUGAAGAAGACAACCAGCACCUGAGGGAGGCGGUGUCGGCCCUGCGAGCAGCUGUCCGGACUGAGAGGGGUCGGAGGGAAGGGGUGGAGAGGGAGUGCAACCUCCUGAUUGCAGAGUUCUCCCGGCUCCAGACACGAGUGCAGGAUGCUGAAAGCUGCCAGGCAAGGGUACGAGAGUUGGAGGUGGAGCUGCAGGAGCUGCAGCAGCUACGUCGUGCUCGGACUUUCCUGCUGAGCAGUGAGGACGACGGCGUGGCUCUUACCCAGACUGUCCUCAACAUCACCCCAGAGACCGACACUUUCCUGGAGGUGGAGGUCGGUGAAACAGGAGGGGGUGUAAGGGAGGAAACUGAAGGUGGAGGAGGUGUUGGAGGUGAGGCAUUACCUGAGUCCAGCCCUGUGAGGAAAAGCUGCAGCGACACAGCGCUCAACGCCAUUGUGGCCCGGGAUGCGUCUGGUCGCAGGAGAGGCAGCUACGCUCUCCACGCCAACAGUGUGAGGAAGAGAGGGAUGUCCAUCCUCAGGGAGGUGGACGAGCAGUACCAUGCCUUACUGGAGAAAUAUGAAGAGUUGUUAGGGAAGUGUAGGCGCCACGAGGAGAGCCUGUGUCAUGCCGGAGUCCAGACUUCCAGGCCUGUCUCCCGAGACCCAUCGAUGAAAGACUGUGCCAUGGGCCCCACCCCAGCGCCUCCCCCGACUCCCACCCAGUCUCCCUCCACCCCAGAAGCCAUUGAGAGCAUCAGCAAGCAGGUGGAGGCAGUAGAUAAGCGACUGGGGCAAAACACUCCAGAAUACAAGGCACUUUUUAAGGAGAUCUUCUCUCGUAUCCAGAAGACCAAGAUGGACAUCAAAGCUACCAAAGCUGCGAAAGCUAGCAAAUCUGGGAAAUCUGGCAAAUCUAGCAAACACUAAAUUUGCAGGGGAUGGAUGGAUGAUUAUGUUGCUUUUUCAGUGUUUAGUGCUCGAGUUUGUGAAGAAGGGCCUGGUGUGAACAGUCUUAGAGGGUGCUACUUUGAAAAAUGUUAAAUUUAGGUACAGUUCAUGUCAACUAAGGUCAAAUCAGACUGCACAAAUUUCAUCCAGAACUGAAACCUUCCAGGUAACAAAAAGAACUUGAUUUGCACAAGGCCAGUUUUAAAAAUUCUGCAGACUACGGACACAAGUAUACAAAACAUUUAAUAAUUUGUUGAGCCCUAGUUAGUUUCCACUCCCACCAGAUUCAGUGUUCCAACUAGACCUAUACUGGCUUCACUGCUUUACUAUCCUACACACUACAUUCACAUCAACACAGUAAUAUGCCUCAUGUGAGCCUCACAAGUGCACCGAAAGCUGAAGCUCCCCAAAAAAAACAAACAUGAGAAAAGUGCAUCAUUGACAAGUACAUGAGUGGAAAUUUCAUAUUAACACAAAUUGUAUCCGUUGUGUUUAUUAUAAAGGACUAUACUAACGUGUGUAAUUACAGUAAGACAAAGGUUGAUGGCUCACCUCUCAAUCCACAGUGCUGUCUGUCUCAAGAAUAACCUGUAGGUGCUAAUAAUUCUCCCAUUACUUACAUUACUAAUCACAGUAACCCUGCUGAGCAUUUAAAUAAGGCUUGUUUAUUGAUAAGGUUGCUUCUGUCUUGUGUGUGUGAGACUUAACUUCUGCUUAUUUAAAGAUUAUUUUGCCUCACCUUUAGCCUAGAUCGUAGACUUGUACGCAAAAAAACUGGACAUGGCCGCUGUCCCAUUUUAAAGCAUUUAGUUUUAAAUUUCUGUAUCAUCGACUUCACUCUAAAUGGGACCAUAGUUUACAAAAGGAAAAUGUUGCUAUAUUGAAAGAGAAUUGAAACUAAUAAUAGAGAUCAGAAACUCAUUAGACAAAUUUUAACGGAAGCAACAAAUGAAGUGAAAAAUAGCUUCUUUAUCUCAUAGACUUCUACACAGUCUGACUUCUUUUUACGACUGAGGGAGUUGCUUCCUGCUGGCUGUUUGAAAGAAAAUAUGAAGCUAUUCAUGCUGAUUUCACUUUUCAGACAUGGAGUCUUUGUCCAUCUUUUAUAUACAGGUCUGGACAAUGAAUACUUCAACACUGUUGGAAAUACGAGUUUGAUGAAAAAAAAAAUCCAUACCACUGUCAUGUUUGUACAGUGAAUAUGAAGCUAUAAUAAGUGGCUCCAGCUAGUUAGCCUAGCUGAGCAUAAAAACUAGCCUCGCCCUGGCGACAACAAGAAGUUGUGAUUUUACAGGGGAGAUUACUCGGCCAGGAGCAAAAACAAUAACAUGUUGUGAACAAACAGCAAACUCAAGAGGAGUUGAAUUUUGUUAGCUAGCUGUUUCCCCCCGCAACUCCUCUCUGUGCUAAGCUAAGCUAACCAGCUUCAGGUUGUGGCUUCAUAUUUAGCGCACAUACACAAGAGUGAUGUCAGUCUUCUCAUCUAACUCAUCAAACAAAUCAGCAUGUCCCACAAAAUACUAAACUAUGACUUUAUUUACUUUAUUCCCCUUUCAAUGAAAGUGCUCAGAUAUUUGGGAUGUUGGAAAUGGAUCAGAUAAAAAUGGUAUGUUAACUGUAAAAUGUCACAAAAUUGACUCCAACUGGAAGCUUAUUUCAAAAUUAUUUACAUACUGUCACCCUCAGCUGUGUUUCUGUCAUUUUAGCUCUCUUUUAGUUAGUAUUAGUAGUGAAAUGCCUUUCAUGUGGGCCGAAAAUGAAAUUGUUCAAUGAGGUACAGGACUCUUUUGUUCUUAUUUGUAAGUAGCGAGUGACAUACAGCAUAGAAUCUGAGCUUACUGUAGUUUUAGAUAGUGAAACCUGUUGAGUUUUGAAUUGAAUAUCGGUGUGAUGAUCCCAGUAAAUGCUAAAAAGCUGCUGUCUUGGAGAGAGGGUGCAAAGGACAAUCUCUGCAGAUAGUUGUUCUCACUAUUUCUGGGCAUUAUGAACACUCAAACAGAAUACAGUAUAUAUACAGUGUAGUUAUAUUAGGUUGUUGGGAAGACAGUUUUGUCUCUAACAGAUCAAAUAAAGAGAAAGGGCAAAGAUAAGGAAAGAAAUAGAUCUUCAGUGCAAUUACUGGGAUAGCAAACAAGGCCUUUGGAUGAAGAAGUCAGCAAGGAAGUUUCUGAAAAACACACGUAGAACCUUUUUAAACAGACUAACUGUGGAGCUUUUUUAUACAAGUGUUAAGAAAGUUUUUUCUUUAAUUAUAGCUAGACAGACACACUGUAUACUUGACCUGUAACCAGUAUAAAGCUUCAAACCAGGGCUUUGUCUAACACCUAGCAGUCUUACCAAACUAUAAACUAACCUGCAACUUAUUGCACCUUUUUCACAAUACUCAAUACCUAUGCCUUUUUCUGGGUAAACUCCUGUAUGUAAACCUUUGUUAUAAUGAAUGUUAUUGCAGCUACGAUUUUAUACCCAAUUCUUAAGUAAUGUUGAAGACAUAACCAAGCUUGAAACCUUUCACACGUGGCACAGCUGACACCCGAGGGACCCUACACUUGUGUUUAAGGUUGAAGUAUGUAAACUGUGGAGGACGGAUGUUUGUCUGAAUCCCAGAACUGAGCUCAUAGAGGAAUCCUGUUACCUCGCCAUGAAAUAAAGGUUCAUUGCAACAAUGUAUUUAAACUGGACAACUGUGGUGUAUAAAAAGCUUUUGAGGUCAACACUCGUGUCUUUAAGAAUGAUUCAAGUGUAAGGAGUGGGGGAAUAUGUGUUAGCUUAGACAAAACAAUGCCAAACCAGAGCCUCUUAUUAUUUUAUAAAGGCUCAUAGGGUUUCUGUACUGUAAUGUCUUACCUAUUGCACUUGAAAAAUGUCUUACGCCUCAUCUUUUGCAUUUAUAAUAGCUAAUGUGAAACUGUAUCUCUGUAUUUAUUUGUGUGUGAAUGUUACUCUCUUUUUAUUUAACUUUUCAGUGCCUGUAUGUGAAUGUCAAUAACAAAUUGUCAAUAAACCUAUUUAAUUUGCUUUACUUUUA